AUGGUGGGUGCGGUGGUUUGCGUGUACUUCGCAGCGUCGAUGCUGGACCCCAACAGGGAGGAGCGCAAGAGAAAAGAGAAAUAUGCUGAGGCGCUGAAGAAACGCCUUGGAAGGAAACUCAAUCUCAACCCAAUGGAAAUGAUGUUGACCGAUCUUGUCCUGAACCCCAGAGAGAUUGAUGUCACAGAGAACGAUAUCAUGGGCCAGGAGAAUCUGUUAGAGGAUUUGCAUCUGAAGGUUGUCUGCCCUCUGCUGCUGACAGAUGUAUACAAAACAGCAUUGCUGAGGCAAGCAAAAGGACUUUUGCUCUAUGGUCCUCCUGGAACAGGAAAGACCAUGAUUGCUAAGGCAUUGGCACAGUCGUCUGGUUGCUUUUUCAUUAAUGUUACUGCCAGCUCCAUCCUCAGCAAGUGGUAUGGAGAUGCACAGAAGUAUGUCAGGGCUACUUGGUCACUGGCUGAGAAGCUCCAGCCCUGCAUAAUCUUCAUUGAUGAGGUGGACUCGUUUUUGGGAAAGCGUGGCUCACAAACAGAGCACGAGGCGACAUUGUCAGUUAAGACAGAGUUCAUGCAGUGUUGGGAAGGAAUGGAGACACAGAAGGGCAUGAGGGUGCUUGUCAUGGGGGCCACCAACAGGCCAGAGUCUUUGGACCCUGCAGUUUUGAGGCGCUUCAGCUUGAAGUACAGGAUUGGACUGCCCGACCAAAGCCAACGGAAAGCAAUCGUGAGAGGUUACAUCGAGAAGCAUAUGCAGGAAGCAGCUGGGCUGGUAGGCUCUGUGUGUUCGACACUGCUCGAUGACAGGCCUGUACGGGAUGGUUUGUCUGCAUUAGGAUGGAUUGCCAAGAAGACGGAAACUUUUAGUGGGAGUGAUUUACAUGAACUUUGUGCCCAGGCAGCCCAGCGACCAGUGCAGGAUGCGAUCAAGAAGCACUGUGCGAAAGGUGGCAACUUGCAGACAGAUGCUGUCGAAGAUGUGCGUUCUUUGGAGCUGAAGGACUUCGAGGAGUCGUUGAAAUGUGUGCAGCCAGGAGUAGAUGAAGGGAGGGCAGCUGUCGGAGACAGCAGCUUCGUCCCGGAGGGAACAGAGCAGCUCCAAGCUGUGUUCAAAAUCGUUGGAGCUUUGAUGGAGGUCCAGAGGCAGACUGAAGAGCGCAAGAAGCGAGAAAAUGGUGCAAAGAAUGCCGCAAAUGGAGUCACUCCCACUGCGUCAGCAGCAGUAACUGGGCAAGAAGAUGACUCUGAAUAUGAAAGCCCCUGA